AUGGGGAUCAACCUCGACCAAUUGCUCUCGAGCCCGAUGCCGCUCAAGGGCUUCACAUGCGACAUCGUCCAGCCAAUGAGAGCCAUCACACUAUCCGUCUUGGCUGGGAAGUCUCCCAGGACAUCAGCCACGAUGGUCGACUUCCUUGGAGUGAAGGCCCCCUCAUCGUACAAUGCAAUACUGGGUCGUCCAACCCUGAACAACCUAAGAGUGGUAACCUCCACUUACCACCUCAAGAUGAAACUCUCCACGGACUUGGGGGUGGGAGAGGUCCGCGGCGGGCAAGUGCUAGCCCGGAAAUGCUACGCCCAGGAGCUAAGGCAUGAAAUUAAGGAUGUCAAGAUGAUCGGGGAAGCAAAGGAGGCAGCCAGACCACCUUCGCUGUCGACCCUAGCCGAAUGGGAUGAGAAAAUUCGAGACGAGCAGGCAUUGUAG